AUGGAAACAGGAUUACCACCAAGCUGGAGUAUUAGACUCAGUCAGACCCACAAGAAACCAUACUUUGUCAAUCUCGCUACCAGAGAAUCGACAUGGGAACUUCCCUACGGCAGUGACACAGAAAAAGCUGCCGAGUACUUGGAGAAAUACGAAGCCAAUGGUAACAAGCCAUUGGUAGCUGACGAUGGAAAGGUUAGGGUGUCUCAUCUUUUGAUCAAGAAUGAGACGUCUAGACGUCCAAAAUCAUGGAAAAGUCCCGAUGGCGUAACGCUUCUGCGUGAUAUGUCCAUUGCCAAACUCAAGGGAUUCCGCAACCGUAUCUUGAAUGGCGAGGUUUCGUUGGCUGAGGUCGCGCGCACUGAAAGUGACUGCCUGUCGCAUGAGAAGGGCGGCGAUUUAGGGUUCUUUGGAAAGGGCCAGAUGCAGCCUGCGUUUGAGGCAGCAUCAUUUGCAUUGAAUGUGGGUGAGUUCAGCGAGAUCAUCGAGACCGACAGUGGAGUGCAUCUUCUUCAGCGAACCGGAUAG